UUCUGUCAUUGUAAACUUCCUGAUUGUGUACUACAGCUGCUUACAGCGCUGGUAGUUGUCUAAACUUUGUAAUCCGCGUGUUACUGACAGGUUAAAAAACUAGCUAGACUAAAGCUUUGUGGCUACAUACAGAGUAAUUCACUUUUCGUGUAUUUUGUAUCCAUUGACUUAAACCGCGUAUAUACGUAUUUUAAACUACAUUUUAUUUCUUUCACCAUUAAAUUUUACUACAAGAGAAACGCUGGGCUGGGACUCGGAGUGAAUCGUCACUGAAUUCCUAAAUGAAUGUUUAAACAAUCCUGCUGUAAAUGUAACUUUGCUAAUUUUGAAGGAUGUAUGAAUCUAUUUAGAAGAAGCUUCUGGAUACGGGCACCCUAUUUGGCAAUUGCUUAACGUUGCUCGUCAGGCCUGUGUAGCUUCUCCAUUUGAAAAAUGAAUGAAGGCAAAUACAUGUGCCGUAGCAUCCAGCCUGUGACAUUACAUUUAACUGAGGAAAAAACAACAUCCCAUCUAUAUUUGGACUCUGCUGAAGGCUUUGAAAUUCCAUUGGCUGAUCUGGUUGAGGUGUUCCUUGUUGAAGUGUACAGGUGUAAAAUCUGUCAGUUUACCAGUAGCUUGAAGAAUAAAAUCAGCACUCAUCUUACAGACCUCCAUGAGCCUACAGCAAACCACCUUCAUUUAAACUGUUCAGAGACUAGUACUGAACAGACACCAGGAAGUGUUGCCUACAGGCUAGGAGAUGAUAUAAACAACGACAACAAGGAACAUGAGGAAAACAUGGAUGAAAACCUGGAGAGGAUGUCAUUCCUCCUUCCUGUGUACAGAAUGCUCCAUAAUAUAAGUCCUGAAUCAUGUGACAUGAGCCUAAGUACACAUAGUGAUGGGCUUCAUGUUGGUCACACGUGUGAAGUGAGCACAUUGUUUGAAGCAGAAUCUGGUCCUUUCCAUUUAGAUGCACCAAGUUCUGUGGAGUCUAUGCAGCUUCCUUGCCCAGGAGAGUCCCCUAAAUCCAAGGAACACAAAGAUGAAGAGGAGGCUCAGUCAGAGCACCUCAUGUCUUUAGGUCUUUGUCGAAUUUCGAGUAUGAAAGCCCAGUCCUUAGUGAGCAGCACAACACAACACAAGACUGACAUUAACCAGCAUUGUUAUAAAAAACAAAGAAAAGUCAAAGGAAGAGACUUUAGAGGAAGCCAACCAUUGAACAGUAAUGAUGGAUCUUCAGUUAAUGUAAACAAAAAAAGAUACAUUUGUAGCUUGUGUAAUUUAGAGUCAUCAUCCAAAAUACAGCAUGAAAUUCAUUUUAAAUGCCAUGAUACGAUUGUUGGAUUUAAAUGUUAUUAUUGUGGCUGCUGCAUGACUGAGUGGAAGGAGAUGGAAAAACAUGUAGAUAACCACACAAGUUUACAGGGUACUUAUCAGUGUCUAACUUGUGGGGAGUUUUUUAUGACCAAGAGUUUGCUAAGGACGCAUAAGACACAGCACUGUGAAAAACUGAGUCUUUUUCGUUGUACAAAGUGCCCGUCUUUCUAUGCAUUAGAACACAUUAAAGAUUUGCAUGUGGCUUGCCACUACAAUGAUAUAUUCAAGUGUCCACAUUGUGACUUUACAGACAAGGCUUGGACUAAGACCUACAAGCACUUAGCCACUCAUGAGUUUCCUUUGAAACCUAAUCUGGGCACUGACUGUGGCAAGAAAUACAGGAGAAGAGUUGAACUGAAUGAACAUGUGGCAAAACGCAAGGGCAGCAAACCAUUCCUGUGUUCAUCUUGUGGUCAGACAUUUAAAUAUCGACAUUUGCUGACAAAGCACCAGAAGCAUAGCCACCAAAAGCAGACUGAACAAGAGCAGAAAAAUGUAAGCAGCCAAGAUGACUUUGUGCAAAAGAUAACAGUGAGAAGAAAAAGAAGAGAUGCUGCUGAAGAGUUUGCUUGUAUCCUCUGCAGCAGGACGUGUUCCUCUAAGCUGUCCUUACUGAGGCACAUGGGAAUUCAUGCUGAAGUAAAACCCUUUAAGUGCCAGCAGUGUGACUAUGAGACAAGGCUUAAGGCAUCCUUGAUACAGCACAUGCGGGUCCAUACAGGUGAAAAGCCAUUCAAGUGCAAUAUUUGUUCAUAUGCUUCUAUCGAUGCAAGUUCCUUACUCAGACAUACCAGAACUCACACAAAAGAGAGACCAUACAAAUGCCGACUUUGCUCAUACAGUUGCAUACAGAAGAAAAGCUUAGACCUUCAUGUACGUCGGCAUCACACUGGAGAGACAUUUGGAUGUAAUUUCUGCGGUUACACCACACCUGACAAGCAACUCCUCAGGGCACACAUGAAAAAACGCCAUUCCAGUUUGGAAACCUCCAGCAUCGAACUGUCUUCUAGACUAAAUAGAGAUCCAACUGCUCAUUUAACAGAAAAUUCUAAGUCUCUGCCAGGAAAACUGGCAUGAUUUCCAACAUUGUGUAUCUGCUGGAUUAUCUGCAGGGGAUCAGAUAAAACAAUUUUUUUAGCAAGUGGUACAUUAAGCUGAAAAUCUCAGUCAUAACAGACGAUGCGAAGUUGAACAUAACAUUUUCAUUGUGUAUGUGCCAGGUCAUGUGGAUUUCAAGUAUCAGUAAUUUGUAACAAAAGAAAAUGAAUCUGGAAGCUUAUCUGUCAGGAAGUACAUUUCCCUUCACAACUUGAUAAUGGAUAUCCACUACAUCUAUUUAGUAUAAAUAGUCCAGUCUGUGGAUGCAUAAUAAUUAAACGAACAUUUAUUUAAAGUUAUUUCAUGACAAUUGUUCAGAAAUAAAACAGAAGUUUGUAUCCACAUCUUACUCUACACCGUGUUAGACAAAUUUGCAGGUCUUCACUAAAAAAAAGAGUGCAGUUUCCUUUGUUCAGCUGAACUAGGCUGUGUUAAUAAAGAUCUGCUUGGAGCACUCUC